AUGACAACAACAGCAGUAGCAACAACAACAACAACAACAACAACAAAAACAAUAACAACAACAACAAGCAAGAACAACAGCAGCAACAACAACAACAACAAUAACAAUAACAGCAACAGAGCAACAACAAGAAUAACAACAAUAGCAGUAACAACAACAGCAACAGCAAUAACAAUAACAAGAACAGUAACAGAAACAACAAUAGCAAUAACAACAACGACAGCACUAACAAUAACAAUAGCAGUUUACAUUUCGUACAUUUGA